AUGCCCGAGGAUUAUUGCGAAUUGCCCACUUCAACGGUUCGCCGAGUAUGCAGCAGUUCGAAUUCCUCCGAAGAUUCAUCUGAAGAUUGCUUUGGUGACGGCAGUCGAGUGCCAUUAUUGCAUGCCGGCUCACCUCAGUCGCAUGAAAGUAUCAAAAUUGAUCUCAGUGAUACCGUUAUUAAAACAACAACGAGUGCUUACGAUAAGUAUCCCAAUGAAUACCAUAAAGCUGCUAUAGCCCUCGGUAUGCUGUUAGCAGCAGCCGUCUGCAACGAAUUGGUGUUGUCGUUGAUUCACGAGAAAGUGCCCGAACAGCCGCCAUUACCCGAUAUUGCAUUCGAACAUACACCUUAUAUACCGUGGGCAUUAACCAUAUCCGAGUAUUUGAUGCUCUCAUCGUUCGCGGUCCUUUGCAUUGUUACCUUAAUGCAUAGACAUCGGUGGAUUAUUCUCAGGAGGAUCGCGUUCAUCGCAUCGUUACUGUACUUUGGUCGGUGCGUUACAAUGUUUGUGACGCAAGUGCCCGUGGCAGAUCCGAAUUAUUAUUGUGCACCUCGCCUUCAGGGCGCAGAUUUGAAUUUUUCGAAUAUUGUCUUGCGAGCUCUUCGUACUUUGAUGGGUAUUGGCUUGAGUAUUAAUGGUAAAAAUACGCUUUGCGGUGAUUACAUUUACAGUGGUCAUACAGUGGUUUUGGUUAUAAGUUCGCUGUUCAUACAGGAAUGUUAG